AUGUUGCGAUUAUCUUACUGGGUAACACCCAUCUUCGCCGGCCUCGUCUGGCUCGGCACCCUUCUGGGGCUUCUACUGCACUGGAUUCUCGACACGCACCGCAAGCGCUAUGCCUCGAUGGACAGUCGGCAACAGAUCGCCUACAUCAGCGACGUUGGCGCCGCUGAGCUCAAACCGCUGUUCAUCGCCGGCUGCGUUGUGACGACCAUCUUCUUGGAUCUGUCCUUCGGCGCCGACCGGUGGCUGCGACAUCGUGGCCGUCUCGUCCCAAACACAACUACCGGCGAGAAGGUACUCUCCGGUCUGACCAUUGUGUUUGCUCUCAUCGGCACGGCGGGCCUGAUCCUGCUCUCCAUCUUUGACACUCUGCGCCACCCGAAGCUGCACGAUGUCUUCUUGCUGCUUUUCAUUGCGGGCUAUGUAUUAAGCGCCAUCUUCAUUUGCUGGGAGUAUCAGCGUCUAGGAAUCCGCAACCGCACGCACACCGUCCUGCGCGUCUCCUUCUGGAUCAAGCUCGUCUUUGUCGUCGUCGAGAUCCUGCUGGCCAUUGCCUUCGUGGCGUGCACCUUCACCAAGCACUACAACCCGGGCGCCGUCAUCGAGUGGGUCAUCGCCUUCAUCUUUAGCGCCUACAUCUUCAGCUUCUACGUCGACCUGUGGCCGGCCGUCUACACCAAGGGCCAGGGCUACCGCUACAAGCCCGGCACGCACCACCACCGCCACCACCAGAAGCCGCUCACCACCCGCGAGAUGGAGGAGGGCGGCAGCGACCGCCACCUCAACGCGGCAAGCGGCCAGCAUCCUCACAAUGGCCGCUUUUCGCGGGUGCCAAAUAAUUUCUAA